UCCUCACCUUUAAAUUUUCUUUUAAUUUCCUGGCCGCCCUCUUUGUAAGAAAUGGCAGAAAUCCCAAGCAGCAGCAGCAGCAACUCCAACACCUAAGACAAUCUGAAUCUGGACAAAAAAGGAUGUUUGGAGAAAUCUAUGAUUUGGAAAAAUUCACUGCAAGUCUAGAUGAGAAAGUGGCACAACGGUUAUUAUGUCAUGGAUCAGAUGGAUCUGGGUCAAUGUUCACAAUUUUAGAACUCUAUGUUCACAAUUUUAGAAUGAAUCCAUAUGUAUGUUUGGGUACGUUUGACACCCUAAUGUUGAGACCAGAAUUGCAAGAAUCCAUAGACUCCAUGGUUGCAACACUGAAAAGUCUCAACCCCAAUAAUUCAGAAGGACGAUUUGUUGCGGUGGACUAUAAGGUUGAAACCAUGCCACAAAGUAGCACUCAUGUCCUCUUGACAACCCAACUGGAAUCAAACAUUGCUUUGAUGCAAAUGAAUCAAACAAGAAGAUUAUUGGUUUUGAAAAUGAAACAACUAUUUGUUUAUUUGACUCUAAAUGGCUGGCAUACAAGAAUUGAGCAUCUUAGAAACAUUUUUCCUAACACCUUUACCAAGGAUGCAAUCGUUCCAGUAGACAAGAAGUCCAAGUUCCUAGAUCCUGAAAGACCUGAACUCAAAAAGAUUGUAGAUUUUUAUGUAUCUUCUGCAGCUGAUUUUUAUGUACCAACAUCUUCAAAUUUGUUUUCUGAAAAUGUUGUUGCAAGGAGAAUCGCCACUGGAGAAACACAAGUUCUUUUCUUGUGCGGGCCAACAGAUCUUCACUUUCCGCAGAAGACUAUAUUCCUCCUUACACAUCAAGAGAAGAAACAUUGGGCAUACUCAUGCUUUUGUUGAUAAAUCACAAAUCAAAUAAUGGAUGGGGGAAUGAAUAAAUGAAGAUGGAUUGGACGUUUCACAAACUAUCAUACUUGUAAAAAUUGUCGUUCCCGCUCUAUGCUCUAUCUACAUCAGUGAGUGAGCGGGAUUGCGAGAUUUUGUUUUUCUAUACUUUCUUAACCUAUUGAAGCACAAAGAAAGAAUCUUUCACCGAGUCAUUUGUAUGCUUUUUGGGAAUGUUGCUCACCAUUGUAUAUAUUUUAA